AUGGCAAACUACACCCGUAAGCAGUGGUUAACGCUCAUCGUGUUCUGCAUUGCACAGUUCUGUAGUGGCGUGUGCUUUUCAAUACAAGCACCAUUCUACCCACAUGAAGCUGAGAAGAAAGGUGCCACAGCCACGCAGUACAGUUUCGUGUUUGCAGUUUUCCAACUGGUGGUGUUUACUGUGUGUCCAAUAUACGGACAGUUCUUGGAGAGAAUAGGAGUCAACUUUCUGAAAAAUGCUGGAAUUUCAACUGUUUCAGUAUCGUGCAUUUUAUUUGGAUUUCUUAACCGGAUGAGCGGACCUAAUGUUUUCUUAACUUUCUCGUUCAUCAUUCGGAUAAUGGAAGCGCUGGGUGGGGCCGCCUUCAGCACUACAGCUUAUAGCAUUACAGCGCAGGAAUUCCCCUUGAAUGUUGCUUCUGCUUUUGCCACUCUCGAAACUUUCUUCGCGCUUGGUUUGAUAGCGGGACCCACAGUCGGAGGCGCUUUGUACGAGUUGGGAGGCUUCACUCUGCCCUUUGUGGUGCUAGGCUGCGUUUUGAUGGUCGCAGCGGCCAUUGUGUGGUACUUCUUACCUGUGGAAGGUAGUCUCACCAGACCAACUUCAAGAUACUCGGUGUUUUCGCUUAUGAAGAAACCAAAAAUAUUACUUUUCGCCUUCACAACAAUGUCGGGGUCUAUCAGCAUUGGCUUCUUGUUUUCAACUCUGGAGCCCCAUAUACGUCCGUGGAAUCUCACUCCUCUGGAGAUUGGCCUAAUCUUCGUUAUAGACGGCUUCUCGUACUCCGUUUCUGCGCAGCUUUGGGGCCGUUUAUGCGACAGAUGUCUACCAGAGCGAGCUGCUACAACGAUGGGGGCUUUAACAGCCACAGUGGCUUUCUUACUGUUGGGUCCUUCACCCAUCCUACCCAUUAAAAACAGCAUACCACUGUGCAUCUGUGCCUUGGUGGUUCAUGGCUUUGGUUUCGGGGCCGAGUUUGUGGCCACUUUCAGCGGAAUGCAUAAGGAAGCCGUUGAGGCUGGGCUUCCGGACGAUCUCACAACCUACGGACUAGUAGCCGGACUCUGGAAUUCUUCUUUUGCGCUUGGCGGCUUCAUCGGGCCAUCCAUCGCCGGGGUCAUGUUUGACACCAUUGGCUUUGGUUGGGGCACCUCCAUCAUUGCACUGCUUCACCUAUUUGUGGCCAUUGUGACAAUCUUUCUAUCUUGCUACUACCGCUACUACCCAAACGAAGAUUUUUCUGAAAGAACGGCUCUUUUUCGACGAUCAGUAAGAAAAAGUGAAUCCGCCUACUUCACGUAUAGAAGCGGCUGCAACUCAACCCUCGUAUCUCGUGAGGAUAUCGCCAUAGGUACAGUUGAUUAA